AAAAGCUUGAAGGUGUACGUGAACAGACUGAACACAGUGGAGAAUAUUGUGCCGUAUGAAUACCAUCAUUUUGAUUUUUGCGUUCCGGACAAGGAUGUUGCCAACUCUCCGACAGAAAACCUUGGACAGGUGGUCUUUGGAGAGAGAAUUAGACCAUCCAUGUACAGUAUGAGCUUCAACAAAGAUGUUAUGUGUAAGACAGUCUGUAACAGGACGUACACUCCGGGGGAUAAAGUCUCACAGGACAAGCUGUCCUUCCUCAAGCGAGGCAUCGACCUCAACUAUCAGCACCACUGGAUCCUGGACAACAUGCCCAUCACCUGGUGCUACAAGGUGGAGUCUGGGGACACCUACUGCUCCACGGGCUUCCCCAUCGGCUGCUACGUCACCAAGUUUGGAAACAGGAAGGACACUUGCAUCACACAGCCGAGCAUGACCAAGAUGGACACGUACUACCUGUAUAAUCACGUGGACAUCUUCGUGGAGUACCACCCUCUGUCCGACGAGGACUGGAGCGCCUCACACGUCGGCACCGGCGGGAGAAUCGUUUCUGCGAAACUCAUACCCAGAAGCAUCAACCACCCAGACCAGGGCAGUGACUCGUGUAACAAGGGCGGUGUGCUGGGCUUCACUGGUGGCAAGCUGGACGAGAAGCUGAUCAUCAGAUACACCUACUCUGUCAAGUGGAAGGAAAACACCAAAAUUAAGUGGACGUCCCGCUGGGACUACAUCCUGGAGUCUAUGCCGCACACCAACAUCCAGUGGUUCAGCAUCAUGAACUCUCUGGUGAUCGUGGUCUUCCUCUCCGGCAUGGUGGCCAUGAUCAUGCUGCGCACACUGCACAAGGACAUCGCUCGCUACAACCAGAUCGACAGCUUGGAGGACGCCCAGGAGGAGUUUGGCUGGAAGCUGGUGCACGGUGAUGUGUUCCGUCCCCCGAGGAAGGGAAUGUUCCUGGCCGUUCUGGUGGGCAACGGUUGCCAGCUCUUCUUCAUGACCCUCAUCACCCUCGUGUUUGCCUGCCUAGGAUUCCUGUCGCCUGCCAACAGAGGAGCUCUGAUGACCUGUGCGCUGGUAUUGUACGUAUGCCUGGGAACCCCAGCUGGAUACAUCUCAUCUAGAAUUUACAAAACUUUUGGAGGGGAGAAGUGGAAGUCAAAUGUGAUCCUAACAGCGUUUUUCUGCCCUGGCUUGGUGUUUGGCAUUUUCUUCUUGCUCAACCUGGUGCUGUGGGCUAAGCAGAGUUCGGGGGCCAUCCCCUUCACCACGCUCCUGGCGCUACUGGCUCUCUGGUUCGGCAUCUCUGUGCCGCUCACCUUCAUCGGGGCCUACUUUGGCUUCAGGAAGAGGCCCAUUGAGCACCCAGUGCGCACCAACCAGAUCCCGCGACAGAUCCCCGACCAGUCCCUGUACACCCGCCCGCUGCCCGGCAUCGUCAUGGGCGGCGUCCUGCCAUUUGGCUGCAUCUUCAUCCAGCUCUUCUUUAUCCUAAACAGCAUCUGGUCCCACCAGACGUACUACAUGUUUGGCUUCCUUUUCCUCGUGUUCAUCAUUCUGAUCAUCACCUGCAGCGAGGCCACCGUGCUGCUCUGUUACUUCCACCUGUGUGCUGAGGACUACCACUGGUGGUGGAGGUCGUUCCUGACAAGUGGCUUCACCGCCAUCUACUUCUUCUUCUACUGCAUCCACUACUUCUUCACCAAACUGGAGAUGAGCGGGUUCACCAACACCUUCCUCUACUUCGGUUACACCGCCAUGAUCGUGUUUUUGUUCUUUUUGCUCACAGGUUCCAUCGGCUUCUUCGCCUGCUUCUGGUUUGUCUCCAAAAUCUACAGCGUCGUAAAAGUGGAUUAAGGUUCUGCCGGGAUAUUAUUAUUGUUUGGUUCGCGAGCUGACUGGUGCGUGACGUGCUAGGGGUGUGUGACUAUUUAUUUUUUUCUAUCGUAGCCAAUUGGGGGGACGUGUUUUGUUAGCCUUGGGUGUUCCUUUGAAUACAUUUUAUUUUCCCCACGUGUUUGUGGGUGUGAUGUGGUUAAAUCCAUGUGUUUGUGUGGUUAAAUCCACAUAGUUGUAUGGAUGCAGUGUGAUUAAAUCCACGUGUUUGUGUGGUUGUGGUGUUGUCAGAAGUAUUUGUUGGUGCCAUGUCCUGCUACUAUGUAGAUGCUAGGCUGUUUUGAUCUAGAAGUGGCUUUAUGUUGGCUUUAUGUUUUCAUGCAGCGGGCGGACGUAGUGUUUAGACUACCAUUUUCUUUCAUGUCUCCAUUUAGGAAAGCUGAUUGGUGAUAGAGAGUAAAGACUUUUUUUUUUUUGGUGGGUGGUUGGUGGGUGCGUGGGUUUAGUUUGCUCGUUCUUUCCCGUCAAACGUCUAUCGUCCUUGUCUCCUUAUCUCUCCUGCUUUUUUUUUUUUGUUUGUUACUCUCUUGUAACACCUCUAAUCGUCUGCACUUUGAUAACCUGAUAGUGUUGCAAGUGCCGUAAAAGGUUUGCUGCAACAAAGACAUUUUGUGCACUUGAAGCAGUAGCGAGGUAUGUUCACAAUCUUCUGGUUGGGAGGCUACAUAUUGUGUCAUGACAAGAAGAUCAGAAAACCCAGAAAAUGAAAAGCUAUCUGAUAUGAGGAAAGAGGAAGACAACUCUACUGUGCUACCUGUGUGCAUCAGGUCUGAUCUGGCUUUUUGCUAGGACCCAAUGGAAACAGAGGAGGAGAAAAAAAACCUGUGCAAAGUGAAUAAAAAAGUGUUCAGAAAAGGGUCAUUCAGACAUGAAGGCAGAUGGUUCAUUGCACGUUACGUGAGGGGGAAAAGGGUAUGAGAUGAUGCAUUCCAUACAGCCACUGUUAAAUUUGAUUUUCACAAAGGGUCUGAACUCUGGGUACCAGUACGAACAUUUUUGGUUAGAAAAGUGACUUUGCAUUGUGCAUUUCUUGUCUUCUUGUUAGAAUGACUUUUGAGAAACCAAACCCAGUGCUGUUAAAGAUGCAGACAAUUUUUGGUACAAUUGUGGAAUGUUGUGGUGUGAAAGGUUUGCCCCGCCCUCUUGCUCAUUGUUAACUCUUCGUCAUGGAGUUGUCACUACAGUCACAUUGUUAUUGGUCUGCACUCGAUGUGCUCUCACACUGGAUGUCUCCGAGUACUCGCUUGCUUUUGCUUUGCGACGUGACAGUGUAUGUCAGUGUGUGUCUGUGUCGGUGAUUGUCCAAGUGUCGUAGCUCAAAGUGGGGAGAUGAAAGGAGGGUGUGUGUAUGUAUGUGUGUGUGUGUGUUGUGCUUGUAAAGAGUGCUCACAAUUGGUGAUACAUACAUUUGAAAUGUUUUCUGUUUGUUUGUUGUUGUUUUUUUCGUAUAAAACUUUCCAGAAAACUGACAAAGCUCCCUGGGGGACAUGGUGUUUUUCCGUAGACUCUGGAUAGGUCAACGAGGAUGAAGGUCAAUAUUUCUGGGAGUGGAAAACAACGCUUUUUUUCCCCCCUCUUUGGUAACUGACAGGGUUUGUAUAGGGAAGCGGGGCUGUGAGAGCACCGGACAAAUAUUAAGUUUAAAAGAUUGUGGGAUGUGCCUCAGCUCCGAGGUACCGAGUAGACCGUUGGAUUGGUGAGUGGCACACACGCCAAGACAGGACUCUCACAGAAAUGAUGGCAAAAAGUGUCGGGGGGGGGGGGUUCUUGUUGGAGAUUUUUUUUUAACAUUUCAUCUUGUUGACUCUUUGCCUAUGUUUCUGAUGUAUGGUGCACAUGUUCCUAUCAGUGAUGAUGAUGAUGACUAGUUAAUGAAUAUUUGUAAAUAUUUAUAUCCUCAAGGUUGUACAUGUACCAAAUUCCUCUUAUAUUAUAUCAUGAGUGUGUUUAUCAUAUGAUUUUUUCCCGAGGGCAGUUUUUAUGAUUGUGGACUGGAGUUUUGUGGGAGAUGAUGCUUUGAGUUUUGAGUAUGUUUGUGAGUCCCCUGGUGUGCCCAGUAAGUGCUUUACUUGCCUUUGUGUUACCUUAUAUUGAGAUUGGAAGACUAGAGAACUUGGCCUCUUUUACGUAGAAUUACUAGUUGGUUUAGUUUGUGGAAUUUGGAACUUAUAUAUAUUAUUAUAUCUGAUGAACGAAUGACGGUAGGUCUUUCUCAAAGUGCUUGUCUGUAGCAUUCACACCCGUUCUGUUUGCAACUUUCUUAACAUUUGAGAGCCAUUUUCUAGUUUUGUGGAAAAUUUUCCGGCUGCCCCGAUGUAGCGCAAGUACUUGUGGUCACGCCGUGUCAGAGCGCUGAUCUCUCUGAUAGGAGGGGGGGGGGGGGGGUCACCAGGGUCAGCCGCAGCUGAUGGUCACAAGACUACUACCCAAGGGCCGAGAACACUGCGGCACAAUGGUUUCUUGUCGCAUAUUUAUCUCGGUCCAGCAAGUUUGGUUUUUUUUGUUUUGAGAGGAGAUUGCUCUGUCAGAAGAAUCGUUGUUGGUGACAUGAUAGUGUUCAACUCAUCAACAACCCUGUAUUGUUUCUGAUGAAGCAUUUUGAUUUUAUGGGCCCUCAAAAUAAUGAGCUUUUUCUGUGCGGGUUUUUUUUUUCAAGUCUUUUGCCGUUUCUGUUUUCUGGUUUGACUCGCCCCUAGUGUGAGUAUUGGGUUGCUGCUGGUAUAAUAAUACUGAUUCUUUCCUGUCACAGAAGAUCAAUAGUUCUAUGCUUUAUGAGUACCCAUUUAUCACUGCAUCACAACAUCCCCUUUUUUACUUUUUUUUUAAACAUACCAUAUACCAUCCUCUAAGAUGUGACUACAGUUUUGUUUUGGGUUGUUUUGUUUUUUUGCUCUGUCCCCAGCCAUAUGCUUUUCAUGUCUUGUAUGCAUCAUUUUGUGAUCAAAUCAGAAUAUUGGUGAUAAUUUGUGUUGCUAUGCCAUGGUCAAAACUACGGGCCUCAUUGUUGAUGAAUGACCUGAUAUGACCAAAUGGCACUCGCAACCAUUUUCUUAUGCAAACUCCUACAUUAUCCUGAUCCAGUCUGUGUUUAUGAAGUUGUCAGGUGAUCAGAUUCUUCUCAUCAUUGGUUCGUUGGUGAAAUGUGAAGUGUCAUCGUGAGUGGUCCACCUAUUGUCUAUGUGUUUGUUCUUAAAAUCCAAAGUGUCUGCUAUAUUCUGUGUUGUGUGUGCAUGAUACAGAAACUGCGCAAAUGACGAGGAAGAAAUUUGGUUUGAGUUUUGGGGGGAUUUUUAAACCUAUUGCUAAAAAUUUUGGGGGAAAUUAGGGCGGAAAAAAACUGCAUCCAUAUAUAAAUAGUGUAGUAGAUUCUCCCGUUUCUCUUGCAAGAACAUAUAUAUAUACGUACCUAUAUAUAUUUAUCAAAUUAGUCGUAUGUUUGUUGCUUGAACUUGUGCGUGUUGUCAUUAUGGGAGUUCACUCUUGAGACCAUUCCAGUUCCAAGCGUCGACUUUUUGAGAAAAGCAUAGACUUUUUCACCGCUGCUCCUUGAAGGGCUUACUUGAAUUGUUAUUUCUGUUUUGCCUUGUACUUUUUGUUAUGGCCUGGUUUUUGUACACUUGCUCUUCAGCAGGUACUUUUUAUUUCAAAUAUAUGGAUCUUUUUACUUUUAUUGUUGCUGUUACAAGCUCACCACUGUAGGUAACUGCAACUGAACAUGGUGAACAAAAUAUUCUCCUGAUAUUCCCUCAAACGUUUGGUAAUAAAUAGUCCCAAUAUAU